UUUUAUUUAUUAAUUCAAUUGACUUGACAGUGCUCGAGGGAAAAUCAGCCGGGGGGAUGCGAAGAUUAUAUCAAGUGGAUUUGACAAGUAACUCAGUCCAUGAGAAUGACUCAGUGAGACCGUUUUGACUAAAGUGAUAGCCUAAUGGAUAUCCACCGAGUUUAAGAGCAACAGCGGACUUUGGGAGAACAGCUCGAGUGCCGCUAUCGUCUGAAGUUGGAAUCACUGCAAUGACCGAGUCCUCAAAACCGCCUUUAGGGAGGAGAAUGAAGGCACGUGCCCCACCUCCGCCAUCAGCUCCUCAACCCGCCCCACGCCACAUCUUUAGGAACACUGUACCUGAUGGAGGAGGAACAUCAGGCAUGGAUGCCAAAGAGAACAUGCUGAGGCCCACUGUGGAUUUACAGCUAACCUUACCACAGGGAUACCAGAUUUCUGUAACUGAGGAUGGCAGUAAGGCGCUGAUGGACCUGCUGGUUGAGCAGUGUAGCCGCUACCACCUGAAUCCAGCACUGCACACCCUGGAGCUGCUGUCGCCCGAGGGCCACACUUUGGGGUUCAAGCCCAACGCGCUGCUGGGCUCCCUCAAUGUGGCCUGUGUCCUCAUCAAGGAGAAAGUCUGUGAGGAGAAAGUGGUGCGUAGACCGGCGCCCAAAGUACCAGAGAAAACAGUGCGUUUGAUGGUGAUCUACCACGGCAGCCAGAAGGCAGUGGUACGGGUCAACCCGUUGGUACCACUCCAGGCUCUGAUACCAGUCAUCUGUGACAAAUGUGAGUUUGACCCUGCACAUGUCCUGCUCCUGAAGGACAGCAUCAGUCGCCACGAGUUACCACUGGACAAAACUCUGACAGAGCUGGGGAUCAAGGAGCUCUAUGUACAUGAUCAGAGUCUAGUUCUCCAGCCUAAAAUGGCUUCUGCCCCAGCUCUUAACUACUCAGACUCCAUCUGCUCCAGUACUACCAGUUUGGGCAGAGGAGAGAAGAAAGGCCUCUUGGGUAUCUUCCAGUUCAGCAGGAGGAAAUCCAAGACAGAGACAACAUUUAUGGACAUGGAUGACUGUGAUGAUAAAGUAAUCCAAAAUACAGAUACACAAUCCAAUGGUAUAUCCACAGGAGUCUCCAGUGUAGAAGAUCGGCCCAGCACCUUGGGCCAGUCUCAGUCGGUCAUGAACAUACCCAGGAUGUCUCCCAAGGCUGAAGUCAAGAAGAGGAGGGCCCCAGCACUGCCUGGGGCCCCAACACCCACCAUGGGACACACUAGCUUUGAGGGCUAUCAGAUGGGCCUUGGCUCAGAAAGCCAGCAGAGGAAAAGGAAGGCUCCAGCCCCCCCUCCCACCCCAGCUUCCAUCACCCCAGAACCUGAUAACACUUCAACCUCUGGCGCUCCCACCCCUGAUAGCCACGCUACUGAAACACCUACCCCAGCCUUCCGUACCAAGGUGGCACAGUCAACCACCAUCUCUACUACCACUGUGGUAACGCAAACAGUUAAACCAGUCCCUUUGAAAACAGAAAUACAACCUCCACCUGUGUGCGCUGCCACACCAGUCCCCAGCUCCCCUACUUCAAGCAGGAGCACCACCGACAGCCUGGCUGUCCAGGAUUCCAGCUCUGAACUCAGCCACAGCCACAGCCUCGACGACAUAGACGCUGAUGUAGACCAGACCGGUUCCCACUGUAGCAGCCUCACCAGCAGCACAGUGAGCGGGUCUGUGCGGAUCCAGCCCACUACAAAAAGCUCCAGCAGCAGGAUGGAGGAAUCAAAAAAGUCCAGCAGCAUGGCUGCCAAAUCAACUCAAGAGGCGACAUCAGCCAGCAGCUCCAGGUCGGAGACUGAGUCGGCCCUGAACCUGAAACUGGAUGAAGUUGAGAACAACAGACACAGUGCAAUGGGAACCACUGAUCGACCAGCGCCACCCAAACCUCGUCGUUCCCCGGCCCGGGAGCCACCACAGCUUGCCCUAUCCCCUACCCCGUCCUCCUCUCCCAUUGAGCCCACAGAAAGCUACUCCCCACAGAGUCCCAUGGAGGCGGAGGAAGAAGCUCCCCAGUCUUGGCUUCACUCCAUGAGGAGCUCCACAGCCAGUGGCCAGAAACCAGAAACUGAAACACCCGAGGAGGAGACCAUGUCCUUGGGCAGCAGCAGCGGUGGCAGCAGCCUGCCCGACCAGGGUUACGCCGCCUCUGAGGGUAUGGCAGAGGGCGAGGACUCAGGCAUGGUCAGCUCUCCAUCUGACACCCAACCCACAUCCCCAGAUGGGAGUUUGUCCCUGGAUGGAAUUAGCGGAGUCGGAGGAGAGAGACUGCCGGGACCAGUGCGGGACAAUUCCAGUGACAGCGAUGAGGGAUGUGCCACCUGGGGAUCAAGACACAGGCACAAUGACAUCAACCCACAUGCAAAGUCAGGCAGGUUAAAAGACAGCUAUGAAGAUGACCCAGUGCUCACAGCCCAGCUCCAUCAGACGUUGGCAGGUUUUGAAGCAGACCUUGCAGACCACAUAGAUAUAGUCUCAGCAAAGGAGACUCCCUAUACCCUGUCCACAGACAGUAAUGAGGUGCCAGUGUCUGUAGUGGACAUGGAUGUGCCAGUCACAGCCAUAGAUGAAGUACUGGAGGACUAUGAACGUAACAUUGAAGAAAAUGAGGCAAAUUCACUAACCACAACUGAGUCAGCUGGCAGCAAAGGUCUAGUCUUUUGUCACCAGUCCAGUGUAGAGCCACAGAACAAAAACAACAAUGCUUGUACAGCUGCUGACAGUAAGCAAAGGAGCAGUGCAAAUACUAAGCAGCCGUCUCAACCUGAGCGGCAUAGGAAGUCAUGGGAGAACAAGUCUAUUGGUGAUAAAAAGAAAGAAAAUAUACUAGAGACAAAAAUUAAAGUUAUGAGUAUCACUGAUACCAACAGUGUGAAAGAGGAUAAACAAAGAACAUCAGCAGUGAAAUCUAACGUUGACAUGCAGAAACACAGCAACAGCACUGUGAUCAAAUCUGAUCUUGUGAAAAGUAACGCUCAAUCUUUUCAAGAGAAGAAACCUGUUCUUCCACCAACCAGUCAGAGAUCAGUAUCUGCAGAAAGAAAUGAAGAGAUGCACAGAGUACACCAAAAUAGCUCCAGCUCGAAUACUUCACAUGGUAAAAUCACUCCCAACAUCACAUCACGCUUCGGUAUGAAAACUUUCACUGUGGUCCCUCCCAAACCCUCUGUCAUGCAUGCUGCUCCGGGAGAGCCAACUGUCAAAUUAACUGUUGGUGCCAUUAAGAUUGACGAUCAAGGAAAUAUGGUGAAAGCGGGUAUCUCCCGGAACAAAGUUGGUGGUUCAUCAGAGUCUGGAAUGAAUUGCAGUGAGGGGUCUCCUCUUCUUGGAAAAGCCAAAGCUUUUUGGAGCUCAAAUGAAAGACAAGAAAGUGCUAUACCCCACAGCAAAGGUCUCAUUGAUAAGGCGAAGGAGAACACAGAUGGUCUGAAAAGUACUCCCACUGCAGUCUCAGAAGCUACAUUGAAGACCAGUAACACUGAGGCAAUGAUGCAAACUUCGCUUAAUAAACUUGCAGAGAGAGCCCAGCCUAAAGAGAUGGUCCAAGAAGAAGCUAAAGAACCAGUGAAAGACGUCAAAGUUGCAAAAGAGGAGUGGGCAGAGGUGGAGGGUAAGAUUCCAGUGUCCAAAAACAUUCAGCAGCCAAGUAAUAAACCUGCCCUUCCCCCUCCUAUCCUUCCAGACCUGAAAAGAGACCUGUCCUUCCUCAAACCAUCCAGGCGAACCUCAAGCCAAUACGUGGCGUCUGCCAUCACUAAAUACACCCCAAAGACCUCAGCUACACCCAACUCCAUCCCUAACAAACCUGACUCCUCUGCUUCUUUGAAAACACAGACUAUCAGUUUCCAGAGAUCAGGUCGGUCCAUACAAGUGAAUCCACACCAAUCUUCCCAGUCAUCUUUGUCAGAUAAUAAGGAGAAUGAAUCUGCUUCUAAAUCCAACCCUCCUGGUCCUAAGAGGUCCAUGAGCUACCCAGAGUAUGUGUCAGAUAGCCAGAGAGAUUUUGGAGAAGUGAGACCAGACAGAGGAGGAUUUGGAAGUUGUGCUGGAUCCACCGAAAGAAGCUCUAAUACUCUGGAAACAGAAAAAGCGAAGAAUAUGCACAUUCAGUCUAGUGGCCCCACCCAAAUAAAUAUGACCGCCAAUAAUGACAGAGAUCAUUUUAAACAUAUUCGUCCCAGAAGCCCCAGCCCUGCAAAAAGCAGUCCUCUACACUCAUCCGCCAAACCACCCACAGCUCCCAAGACCGUAUCCCAAGGCCAGACAAGUAACACGAGGGAUAUGACCAAGACAGCCACUCAUCUAACACCUGAUACAAAACCAGAACCUUCUAUCACAGUGUCAGACAGUGGUGUGACCUCGGGGCCUCCGCCAGUGACAGUGUUUGGGCCAGUUAAAAAGGUCAGACCAGUGAUCUGUAAAUCUGUUGACAAAGAGACGUCUCUGCACAGCAGCCUGAUGGAGGCAAUCCAGACAGGCAGAGGCAGGGACAGGCUCAAGAAGAUUACCACUUCUGGUCCCAGCAACAUGAAGAAAGCAUCUUAUGUUGAGGAGGAGAAUGAGAGGUCUGCUCUUUUGGCUGCCAUUAGAGCUCAGAGCAACUCUGGAAGGCUGAGGAUGACCAAAUCUGAGGCUGCUGAUGAGCUUGAGAAGUUCAGGAAGGCGGCUUGUGAGGAGGAGAGAAGUGCAGGCCCUCCCUCCUCUACCUCUCCUCCCUCUUUGACUUGCACUCCUGUCUUUACCCAACCACCACCGCCACCAGCACCCAUGAUUGCGCCUCCACCCCCCCCCCCUGUCUUGCCCCCGGGUAAGCCUAGCACUGUGGCACAUCAAACUGCUAACGCCCCCAUGAACCCUGCCUUGGCCAGGGAGGCUAUGCUGGAGGCCAUUCGCUCUGGAUCUGCUGCUGUGAGCCUAAAAAAGGUCGCUGUGCCCACAAAGACAGUCCAAGUGAAUGGCAGACUGGGAACAAUCCAAGCAAGCUCCUCAACACUUCCUCAGCAAUAAGAUGGGAAGCCCACAUUACCGCAACGAGAAAUAAUUAAUCAGUUUGUUUGUUUUUUGCCAUUGUGCUUUUGCAACAGACAUUUGGAAAACUCAGUCACAUUUUGAGGGAAUGUUAUUUGAAAGUUUGGGGAAACUUUAUCUGACACAUGACAGAAAUUACAAAGAAAUAAGAAUAAAGAAUGAUUUCUACAUGCUAUCCAGAUAAACUAGAUUAUUCAAAAAGGGCUUCACAGCUCUGAGUACUAGUCUCUGGGGCCUUAUGCUUAAACUAACGCACUAAUGCUCAAAGAAUUUUAUAUAAAAGGUGAGUGAUUUAAACAUUUCUUCUUGUAAGGAGGAAUGUUGUUCUUUUAGUAGCCAAACACUAGUAACAUCUGUCAGAUAAAGGUGUCAUAGGUGAAAGGUUUGCAGUUAAUUCCACUUAUAAUAUCAUAUCUGUCAGUUGGCUUCUAACAAUCGCUUGCUGGAAAAUGUUCAUCUUUGUAACAUAUCACUGUUCCUUAACAUAUCUUGCCAUCUGUACUUGAAUUCAGUAGUUUUAACUGGAACACUGUACAAAAUGUGUGCCAAUGAAAGAAAAUUUAAAUGGUUUAUGCUACUUUCAGAUCUUUUUUUUGUUUGUUUGUUUUUGUUCUGAUCUCUUUUUUACCACAGUUAAGUUAUGGAUGCCUUAUACUGUUGCUCAGUCAGUGUUAUGUAUAUGAUGUUUGCUGUAAAAAGUCUAUAUGGGGUGCAAUACGUUGGAUCUGAUGAUGUUUCCAGAUUUGAACUACUUAAUAUUUGUCUAAAAUUAAAUUAAGAUAACUGAAAACAAUGGACAGAUCCAUUGACAAUGUUUGAUUAUUUAAAAGUGUAUUAUUUUAUCCAGAUCUGGUCCAUAAUGCCAACUUGUACAGUUCUUGGCUGUGAGGAGAAGUAAGAUGGUGGUGACUAGUGCCUGUUAGCUCAAUGUGCUCGUAAUUUAGCUUCUAACCUUUAUUUGUGCUGCUGUUUAAAACCUAAAGGCAUUGUCAUACAUGGUCAGUGUCGUGCAGACACUUACAUACUUGCACAGUCGAGAUAUUACUGACUUUGAUGUUUGAUAUAUUAGAGAAAUUACGAUGAACCUUACCUUUCCUUGACAUUUCAACAUUUUUGAAGCAUUGUUAUUGAAGUAUAUCAAUGGUGGAUGUCACCAUGAGCAAAAAGAUUAGUUUAUUAAUCAACAAGUCACUACCAAUAUGUAGUGGCUAAUGUAAUACAAACUACCAGUCAUAGGAAAACUGUAGAAAAGCAGUAGUUUAGGUUAUUAAUGGCCUUGAUUUAGGCGUGUGUUACUGCAUUCCAUUCUGCUCCUCUGUAGGUGAAGUUUACAGUAUGGAGUAGCUAUGGUUGAUAGAGGGAGAGUGGACCACUGCCAUUAAAUGGCAUAGUUCUGGAUAAAUUAGGAUGUCCACGCUGAAUCAUAUUUAGAAUGAAGAAAACCCUAGAGCAUCCAUAUUCAAGUGUAAACGCUUACUGCUAUGAAUUGGGAGCUAAAUCUGAGUGAAGGGAUUUGAAUUCCUAGUUUUAUAGAGAUUUAUUUUAAUUUAUGCGCCGUUUUAAUACUCAAAAAAAAUUUUUACUGUUGUAUGUUUUAUCCUGAGAGUGAAAACCUUAAGAGAUUUUCUGUUUUGUUCUUUUUUCUCUCUCUAACUAGAAGGGAUUGUUUCAUUUCUGCUAGAUGGUUUCAUCUACACACAAUAGCCUACAGCACAUUGCAGCAUUGUAUAUUUUGUAAACUAAAGAAAGAUCAUCGCCGUGAAAGGUUUGAUUCAAAUCUUUGAUAGAGAGCUAUUUUAGCUAGUUUAUAGUGUGAAAUUUCUAUAAGCUAUUGCUUUUUAAGUUUUAAGUGCACAUUGUUUUUUGGGAAGGUUACACGGUUAUUUUUGUCUACUCUAAUUUUUGAUUCAAUAAAUAAUUUUGUAAUCAAGUGAAAA